AUGAAAGGUAGUGGGUUGCCGUUGAAUGGACGAAAGGACAGAGAUGAGGACCUCCUCCUGUUCAAGGAGUUGCAUAAACGUGAAAAGGACCGUCUUGCCAGCCUCCUUCAGCCCGUCUCUGAUGAGUUUGAGCCCAGCAGCGGGAAUUAUUCACUCUACAGAAUUGCAUCCGGGAAGAAAGGACCUGGAUAUGAAUUCUUUGGUGAAAAGGACAAAAAUGAUUAUGAUUGGUUAAAAACACCGCCAGCAACGCCUCUGUUCCCUUCUCUAGAAAUGGAAGCGAAUGCCUCGCAACUAGUGGUUCAACGAGAGAUACCCAUUGUCCAACCUCUUUCACGGUUUGCAGGCAAUACAGAAUCCUUGAAGGGUAGUAUCGGAACACCAAAAUCUCCAAAUUCAAAACCAAAGAUCCCUUUGAGAUCUGUGACUCCAGCGAGUCAAAGAUCAAGCAUCUCAUCAACUGCAAGCAGGAAUGUCAAACUGACACCACUACUUUUGAACCAAAAAAUGACGCAAUUAACCACCGGCCAGAAUAAACGAACAAAUAUGGUUACAAGCACACCAAAACCUACCAACCAAAAAGAAACUCAGACAAAUUUCCUGGCCAAGAAUAUCACACUCACAGGACCUGAUUCUAAUAAAACAAAGCCUAGAAGUAGAGGUCGUGUUUCACCUUGUUUGACGUCAACAAUUCCAAAUCAAAUUCCUGGAUUUUCCAAUGAGACGCCUCCCAAUUUAAGGACAGAUCGUGCAAUUUCUGCUACCCGAGGCCGACCUGUAGUCAGCAACGUAACGCAAUCCGUAGAUCAAAAACCAGAGCCCACUAUGAGAUCAAGGAGGCAAUCCUGCUCACCAAGCGUGGCGAGGGGUCGAAAAGAAAGUGAAGGAAAUUUUAUAACUCAAAAAGGCAAAUUUCAAUUGGGGAAUAAUAACGGAACUCAAAUUGUUGGAAGUAGAAUAGUGGAGAAGGUAAUGAAUGUUAGAAAAUUGAUCGUGGAAGAAAGAGAGGCAAAGGCGCCAAAGCCUCAAGCUGCUACUACCACUACGAAUAAUGAAAGUGCCGGUGGCUUUGGAAAGAUAGUUUCUAAGACUUCGGGGGAAAUGGCUAUCAAGCAUAUGGAAACAAAACGAGAUAGGAGCAACGCCCGUCACCUUGGAUUUGUUCCUGGAAGAAGCUCCACUCGGGACUUUGUUCUGCAAUCUUUGCAAGAUUUUGACAGAAGGUUAAUGGCAAUUGCUUCUCUAUCAUCUUCACAAAAGGUUAAUGGCAGUAGCUAA